GCGGCGGAGCCACUAGCGGCGCUCGGACGCGCCUCUCUCCAGAUACUCCGGGAGCUCCAGCCGCGCGGCUCGCGCGCCCCACCGCUCUGCCCCCAAACUUCAGCUGCUGCUCCAUUUCAAGCCAUCGAAUUGAUUCUUUAGGAUUAGAGACUGAACCGCGACACGGGGAAGGUGUCCGCGGAGGAGUAAAACCACAGCAACGGCAAGAAGAGCUCCAAAGAGCAGCCUCAUCGGAGCCCCAACUCGGUGUCUGGAGUGCCGAAACCAACAAGUGAGAAGGCGCCGCGUUCCCGGGGCGCAGCUGCGGGCGGCGGGAGCAGGCGCAGGAGGAGGAAGCGAGCACCCCCGAGCCUCGAAUCCGAGCCCCCGAGUCCGAGACGCGGUCGCUGCGGCUGCUUCGCUUCGGAUCCUUCUGCUCGGGCUACGCCGAGCGCGGGGCAGGAGGCUACGUUUCGUCCUCUCUGCAAGCGGCGGCUGGGAGCAGCCUGUCCCGGGGGAAUAUGCGGCGCGCGUGGAUCUUGCUCACCUUGGGCUUGGUGGCCUGCGUGUCGGCGGAGUCGAGAGCAGAGCUGACAUCGGAUAAAGAUAUGUACCUUGACAACAGUUCUGUUGAAGAAGCUUCGGGAUUGUACCCUAUUGAUGACGAUGACUAUGCUUCUGCAUCUGGCUCGGGCACUGAUGAGGACGUAGAGAGUCCAGAGCUGACGACAUCUAGACCCCUUCCAAAGAUACCAUUCACUAGUGCUGCUCCAAAAGUGGAAACCACGACGCCGAAGAUACAGAACAAGCUACCUGCUCAGACGAAGUCACCUGAAGAAAUUGAUAAGGACAAAGUUCACCUCUCUGACUCAGAAAGGAAAAUGGAUCCAGCUGAAGAAGAUACAAAUGUAUAUACUGAGAAACACUCAGACAAUCUGUUUAAAAGAACAGAAGUCCUAGCAGCCGUCAUUGCUGGUGGAGUUAUCGGCUUCCUUUUCGCAAUUUUCCUUAUCCUGCUGUUGGUAUAUCGCAUGAGAAAGAAGGAUGAAGGAAGCUAUGACCUUGGAGAGCGAAAACCAUCCAGUGCUGCUUAUCAGAAGGCCCCUACUAAGGAGUUUUAUGCAUAAAACUCCCACUUAGUGUCUCUAUUUAUGAGAUCACUGAACUUUUCAAAAUAAAGCUUUUGCAUAGAAUAAUGAAGAUCUUUGUUUUUUGUUUUUUUCAUUAAAGGGCCAUUCUGGCAUUUAAUGAUAAAAUCCCAUUGUAUUUAAAACUUUUCAUGUAUUUCUUUAGAACAACAUAAAAUUUAACAUCUGCAGUGUUCUGUGAAUAGCAGUGGCAAAAUACUAUGUUAUAAAGACCCUUGAUGUUCAUGGAAUUGGUUUAAACUUUUAUGCGCAAAUACAAAAUGAUUGUUUUUAUUUUACGGUUCGAAGAUGAAACCUGUUUCAUUUGUGUCAGCAUGUCUCAGAUUGACCUUACCAAGUUGAUCUUACUUUGUUAAUUUAUCUGUUGUCCCCCUCUUCUCUGAUCUCUUUUCUUGUGCCCUUAAAAACAAAACCAAAUCCUAUGCCUUUUGUAGCUGUCAUGGUGCAAUUUGUCUUUGGAUAAUUCAGAUAAUGGUAAUUUAGUGUAUAUGUGAUUUUCAAAUAUGUAAACUUUAACCUCCGCUUUGUAUAAAUCUUUAAGUGUCAGACUAUCCAUUUUACACUUGCUUUAUUUUUCAUUACCUGUAGCUUCGGGCAGAUUUGCAACAGCAAAUUAAUGUGUAAAAUCGGAUUAUUACUACAAAACUGUUUAGUCAUAUCUGUCUAAUCAGAUCUUCCUUUGGGAGGAUUUGAUGUGAGUUACUGACAAGCCUCAGCAAACCCAAAGAUGCUAACAGUAUUUUAAGAAGUUGCUGCAAAUUCCUUUGGCCACUGUAUUUGUUAAUUUCUUGCAAUUUGAAGGUACGAGUAGGGGUUUAAAGAAAAAUCAGUUUUUGUUCUUAAAAAUGCAUUUAAGUUGUAAAUGUCUUUUUAAGCCUUUGAAGUGCCUAUGAUUCUAUGUAACUCGUCGCAGACUGGUGUUGAGUAUAUAUAACAGUUUAAAAAAAGUUGGUAUUUUAUAAGCACAGACAAUUCUAAUGGUAACUUUUGUAGUCUUACAAAUAGACAUAAGUUGUAAUUUGGGAACAUAAAAACUACUGAAUAAAUCAUGUGGCCUAAUAUUGAAAAUGUCACUGUUAUAAAUUUUGUACAUUUCGAUCAAAUGUACAUCUCCCCCUUGCUAACGACUGUCUGCUUGUAAGGAUGAUGUGGGUUUGAUUUCCAAGUGUUCCACAGUGUCUGUAAAUCAAGACCAAAGAGCCAAUGAAUGAGGCUGUUUAUUACCAGAUUCGUUUCUGAAUUGGCUAGAGGAAAUCUGAAUGCAUUGUCUUGUGUGUGUCUGGGUACAGGUAUUGGAAGGCUGCCAGGGAAUUUCAAAGUUUGUAACCUUUAUAGGAUAGCUGAUGGCGAUAUUGAGACAGGUGCCUGUGUUUGCAAAUAACUUUUAAGACUAUAAAUUCCAAAGAAUUGAAGGGGGCUUUCCCGAAAGUCCAUAUGUAAGGCUUAGUCCUGCAGAUUGAUUGAUUUACCUUUGAAACUGUGCUCCAAAUCUCUCCUGAAGCUUAACUGAAGAACUAAUAGAUGGAAUGCCAUAGCUCACAUCAAGGGGAAAGAGGGAAAGGUAGGGAGGAUUGUGUAGGACUGAAGUUGCUGGAAAGUGUUGCCUAAGGAGAUGGAGGUAUGAGGGUACCCUGGCUGGGUACUUACGGUACUGAACAUCUCCUUUUUCUAUUUUACCAUUAAUUUUGUUUUAAACUGUGAGCCACUGAAGUAAGAAGAAGACAGCAAAAACAGCAACUUUUCCAAUGUAGAGUUUACUUUUAAUAAAGUAUGAAUACUUCAUUUAGAGAACAUUCCCUGGAAUUGCCACAGAACAUUAAAAAAAAAAAAAAAUCAAGCAACACUUGGAACUGUUUACUUAAAUCCUUAAUGGCCUUAAUUCUCAAAUUCCUGCCCCAUCACGUACAGAACCAAUUCAAUUUAGAGUGAUUAAAAAGAAAUGAUAGCACCUUCUAAAGCUGCACAGUGUCCCUCCAUUACAGAGGUUAAGACUGUAGUGGGUAUACCUCUGUGCAAAGCAGAGUGAGAUUCAAUUCGUAGAAUAACCACUGCUUGGAAUAUCCGUGCCAGGAAAAGAAAAUUUCUGGCAAAUAUUUUGUCACUGCUGUAAAGCAAAAUAUUUGUUAA